CGAGCCAGUGGGUUUGCUAUUGUGGACAUUCUGUAUUGGCCUUUCCUAUCUUCGACGUCGCCGAAUCUAGAAAUCAACACUAGGACACCAUGAUUACAAGACUCUAUAAAGCUCUGGUGACAUGUUGUUUCCUCGCUGCGAUCCUAUGGACAAAUACUACAGGUGUUUUUAUACCAAAUCUGACGGAUUCGUGCUACCGCUGCCUCUGUCACGUGGCGACACGUUGUCAGACAUCGCACGCAUGCACCGCAGGCUACUGUGGACCCUUCAAUAUUUCGAAGCUCUACUGGAUAGACGCUGGGAAAGCAACACUUCCCGAGGAUGACCCGGAGAGAAAUCAUGCUUGGGAAGACUGCGCACGAAGUUACCAUUGCUCGAAGCGGAUCAUAGAAGGCUAUUUACAGAAAUUUGGUAAAGACUGUAACAGUGAUGGCGUCACGAAUUGCUAUGACUACAUGAUGAUCAAUGGCAACGGUGGCUAUGGAUGCACGCAGCCGCUCAACCGCUCAGCGAACGGGAGAAAAUGGCUGGAACGAUUUGAAGAGUGCCGACAUUCUCUUUAAAUAUAACAGGAUCAAACCUAUAUUUUGUAUUUAGUAUAGUUAUUUUUCUAC